AUGCCGUCUUUUGACCAGCUCACCGACGCGUCCCCCAAGAAAGGCAAGAUCAUCAAGUCGGCCUACGACAGCGAGAGCUUCGACUCCGAUGGCACUAUCCACGUCGAGGGCCUUGUCGGCUCCGCCACCAUCUCGCCGUCAGGUCGAGAUAUCGCCCUAGCCUCACCAGAGGGCUUGGCCAUCAUCGACCUGGACUCUCCGUACAACCCGCCGCGACGCCUCCGCAGUCAUGGCAUGCCGUGGCUGGUCUGCGACGUGCAGUGGUCGCCCUUUGCGAUGCGCGACUACUGGGUCGUCUCCACGGCCAACCACCGUGCGCUCGUCUGGAACCUCAAUCUGAGGGAGGACUCCAACUCGGGCGCCAUUGAGCACUCCUUGCAGGGCCACAGUAGGGCCAUCACCGACGUCAACUUCUCCGCUCACCACCCGGACCUGCUGGCGACGUGCUCCGUCGAUGGCUAUGUCCACUGGUGGGAUCUGCGCCGCCCCAGGCAGCCUGUUCUCACCUUUUGUGACUGGUUCGCCGGCGCGACGCAGGUCAAGUUCAACCGCCAGGAUCCACAUAUCCUGGCAUCUGCCCACGACCGCUGGCUCCAUGUCUGGGACGAGCGACGGGCCUGCGAACCCCUCAAGUCCAUCAGCGCACACACGUCCAAGAUUUACGGCAUAGACUGGAAUCGCACGCGUCCCACGGGCAUCGUCACCUGCUCGCUCGACAAGAGCAUCAGGUUCUGGGACUAUGGCAAGGACGACGACAUGCUGGAGCACGUCAUCCACACCGACUUUCCCGUGUGGCGAGCUCGCCACACGCCGUUUGGCUGGGGCCUCUUGGCUAUGCCACAGAACGAGCCCGGUGACCUAUACCUCUAUGACCGGCUGUGGAGUGAAGACUCGCCCAUUGAGGCCUCGCCAAAACCUGUUGCCGUCUUCCCCGGCCAUGGCGACCACAAGGCAAAAGAGUUCUUGUGGAGAACUCGCGGAGGUAUAUCCGAUGACAAUAUUGACCACCGUGAAUUCCAGCUGGUGUCAUGGGGCACGGACAACGAGCUCAGGCUUCACUGCGUUGAUCACAACGUGCUGUCCUCGGUCGGUCAUGCCAAGGAUGGCCCGGCGAGGAAGGGUCUGAGUCUCACGCGCCAAGGCGCUGCGUACAAGACGUUCCGCACUGUCGACGACAGCUCGAGCCGCGAUCGAAGAGCAGGAACUAUGAAGGGAAGCAGAAGCGGCACCAGCACGCCGCACCACCAUAAGCAAAGCGCCCUAACGCUCGGGAUGCGCUCCGGUGGUCCCUUGAACCGCCACAUGAAGCCAAGCUGGCGUGGCCCGUCCAUGAAGGCCAAAGUUGGCACGAACAAGAGCGUCGAUAGGAGCCAGGCGCAGCUUGGAUGGAUGAAGGGCAUUACCAUGACGAAGCGCAAGCCAUCCACCGACGGAUCGAGGAGGCACGCGUCCAAGGACGCUAGCAUGGUCGGACACAGCUACCCGGACGACGAAUGGGGCCAGCCCGACACGAUACAGGAGGAGCUUUUACGCGUGAGCACGCAGAUUCCCAAGGUCAAGUGGGAAAACAUCGACAUGGACAACUUGACGCUGAAUGCGUCCCUCACUGGCCCCUGGGGCGUCGAGGGAGAGCCCAUAUUCAUCAAGGUCAAGAUUGACAUUCCCGCCGACUAUCCCAAGGUCAGGGCGCCGAAGUUUCUGAUUGAAAAGACCUCCUUUAUGGCGGAGGAAACGCACAAGAGGAUCACGCGGGAAGUGCACCAGCUGGCAGAACAGUUCCUGCAAAGAAAGCAGAAUUGCCUUGAAGUUGCCUUUACGUAUCUGCUCGGAGAAGUCGACUUGGAAUCCAGCACCACCUUCUUCAAGAACGUGCGGGAUCUGGACGACGACCUCGAUGGCCUCGGCGACGAGAGCUCAAGCGAAGAGGACGAAGACAUCCCGGCAGGCGGCUCUGCUUCCAUGUCCCAGGAGCUCGUGCCUCACAGCGAGAUUGAUACGAUUCUGGCACCGCCGAGCCGGAACAUCAUCCCACCAUCGCCACGAACAUGCGGCGCUCGCUUCUCCAACGACGGGCGACUCGUUAGCUUCUUCCCUUCCAAGGAAGAAAAGGCUAGAGCCCUGUUUUCGACGUCUGCCGAACUGUACAACAAGGAGCGCGCUAAGGGAGAACCCUUCUUUGCAGGCUUCGGACGUCUCACUUAUGACUUGCCCUCGCGCCAGAAAUAUGCCACUGAUGAAGCGUCUGCCACGGACGAGCUGUCAGACUCUACAGACUCGGACGUCUCUUCGUCAUCUUCGAGCGACUCCGAGUCGACCUCGAUACACAAGAUGAGCCUGUGGUACAGGUCCAGCCGGCAGCUCCGCAAGACGUGGAGCGAGGACCGCUCGGUCCGGUCCAGCGGCGGUGGCACGGGAGCCGGCACAGGCACAGGCACGGGAACUAGCCGCCGUCGGUUUGGGAGGCCUAGGAACCUCGUCACCAUUCAUGAUCUGCAGGCUGAGCUCCCGUCCAAGCGGGAAUUCGCGGAAGAGUACGCCAUCUUCGGUGACGGAGCAGCCGUCUGUGACCACAACGCGAGCGUCGCCGAGAAAUAUGGGUACGACGAACUGGUGGACGUCUGGCGGUACCUCGCUCUAUUGCUAAAAAAGGGGAUACCCCUUGAGGUGCUGGGCCGUGACCAACGAAGGGCGUCCAUCCUUGUUAUAGCAAGGGAUGUUGUGCGUGAGCACAAUAACCUGGUACGGGACGUGAUCGGAGGCGAUCGCGACCUGCUAGGGCGUGUGAAAUGGGGCCAACACCCGCUGGCAAAGGAGUUCAUCGCGGACUUGUUUGAUCACUUUGAGAAGCUCGCAGACGUGCAGAUGCUGGCGAUGCUCUCGUGCAUCUUUAGCGAACCCUCGACCGACGACGGAGUCGCCUACAUCGAGUCUCGCUUGCCCGUCCAGGAGACACCGCUGACGCUCAAAGCACCGUCCUUCUCGCUCGACUACUUCCCCACCGAUGCAUCGGCGUGGGGUCUUUACAGAGGGAGCUACAGCAACUCGGCCGCGACGACGCCCGGUGCCCUGCACACGCCCAUUCACUAUGCUGGAUCGCAGGCAUCCGAUGAGAUUAACUGGGGCGUUGAGGGCCCGAACGGGUCGUAUUCAUGCGGCGAGACGCCGCCAACCAAGAAGUCUUUCCUGGGAGAACAAGACCAGCCGUCGCCGAUUUCGCGGUCGCCGACCAACCGCGGUCUUUUGCGCGGCAACACGGGACUAGCAUCUGCAUUUGCUGCAGGUUUGCCACGGUCUUUUACCGGUGGGAGCUCGUCGUCGCCUCCCAACCAGCCCAAGAAGAAGCCGAGCCCGGCGGAAUACAUCCUGAACAGCCUUGCCCCAAGCACCGGGAACACAACACAGGGCAGCGGCUCUGCCAUAGCUGACUCGGCGGGCGCGCGAACGUCGGUAUCAGACGACGACUAUCGCAAGGAUGACAUGCUGGCCUUGGUUCCGAUCAACGUGUCGGUGAUACUGGAGGACCAAGCCAUGUUUGACGACGACGGGUGGCUCUCGACGCCGUUGUUGGACCAGAACAGGGCAAAUACCUAUGCCAACUAUCGUUAUGCGUACGCCGAGAUGCUCCAGAUGUGGGGUCAGCCGUUGGCAAGGCUGGAGAUUAUGAAGUUCAAUGUGCUUAAGGAGCACCCGACAGCUUCAGCGGCCGAUGGCAGCUUCCACGAGUCGACGACCUUGCAUGACAGCGCGAGCGGGACAGGGGCGCAUCACAAGACGGGCUCAUCGCCGAUUAUCAUGGGCAAGAAGGACCAGCUGCUCGGACUGCUCGCGUCUGGACGAGGGCUCGACGUGACGGGCAUCUGCAGGGUCCACGAGACGCAGCUGGAGCCGACACGGUACACGUUGUCGGAGCCCAAGAUUGGCGGUGCUGUAGGCACGUGCGACCGAUGCCACCGAAUGCAGACGCAACUGCAAUGCGUAUACUGCCUGGAGCCCGUGGACGCGCUGUUCCCGGCAUGCCUGUCGUGCGGCUGCGCCAGCCACGAGUCGUGCCUGGCCGAGUGGCACGCCGCGGGCGAGACGACAUGUCCGGCGGGUGACGAGUGCCCGUGCGUGGAGGAGGCGUCGAGCGGGCAGGUCGAGUCGUGGGCGGCGCUGCAGGGCGCGAUGCUCAAGGGGAUGGGCAAGGCGGCGGCGCUGCCGAUGCUGCCGGCGCCAGCGCUGGGCGUCAGCGACGACGAGGACCACGACAGGGGCAAGUCGGGAGGGUGGGAGCGCGUGGAGAGGAACGUGCCGAGCAGGAUGCAAGGAGUGAGCGCGGCGGCGCUGUCUCCGGCGACGCUCAGCUUCGGCAGGCUGAAGAAGUCUGCGGGAACGUGGUCGCGGGCGUCGAGCGUGCGCAAGGCGGCGACGACGACGAACAAGAGGGGCGGGUGA